GUUCGGGAGAGGAAUCGGCGCGGCUGGUGGAGUUCUGGUCGCCCACAGGGUCGGAUAAUUCUGGAGAUGUUAGAAAACUACCUCACAGAGGUAGAUCCCUUGACGAGCAUCACUUAUCUCUGCUCACUCGGUUCCAUCGCAUCCUAUUCCGUGUGCGUUUACACCUUCGACAUUGACUGGAGUUUUGUCAAUCUGACUCUCGACUCAUACUGCCCCAAGCUCUGUGAUUGUCGCCUUCUACCUCGAAUGAACCAGUUACCACCUGACCCCGCAGCAACUGGUAACGAGCCCUCUUCCGCGCCGCCACCUACCAGUAAACAGCCCCAUCCUAUCUUCGAAUUUAGGGAUGAGGACUAUGUGAACACUGUAGUCACUCCGACGUAUCGAAACCUCGACCAGCCGCCCCACUACUAUGUCGCAGAAAUUCGGUACGAUCGUUGUGUCCUCUUUCUCCUCCUGACGAGGAAAUUUUUCCGUUGGUGCAAUGCAGAUUACGGUUACUGUUUUUUUCUGGCUUUCCCAUGA